AUACGGUGGCAUGUGGCUGGGAUUAGGAAAUUUCACUGUGGAUUAAAAUCUUUCUAACGCCUCCAUGGCCACUCGCUAAAAGAAAGGAGUCUGAAGUUCCAGCGGAGAUCCAGUGAGCACUCUGGGCUCAUGGUCUCACUUAGCAGCUCAAGGAUGCUCCAGGUGCUCCAGGGUCACAUCCAGCCAGCUGGACACAGAAGCCGCAAAUCUCGCCUGGUUACCAAAGACGGGCACUGCAACAUUGAGUUCGGCAACAUUGAAUACAGUAACCACUUUGCUUUCCUGGUGGACUUCUGGACCACGUUUAUUGAGAUCCGCUGGCGUUUCGUUCUCCUUCUGUUUGUGGCCUCGUUCACAGGCAGCUGGUUCAUUUUCAGCCUGUUGUGGUACUGGAUCGCAAGCAGCAACGGGGAUCUGAUGGGGCAGAACCGCACAGAUGGACACAUCCAAUGUAUAGACAAUGUCAAUGACCUGACAGCAGCGUUCCUCUACUCCCUGGAGACCCAGACGACCAUUGGGUACGGAGGCAGGGCGCUAACUGGGCACUGCGCCGGCACUGUGGCUCUAAUUAUCAUCCAAUCUCUAGUUGGCGUCUUCAUCAAUUGUUUCAUUUGUGGCAUCAUCUUGGCAAAAAUCUCCUUACCCAAAAAAAGGGCAAAGACUGUCACCUUCAGCGACACAGCUGUUAUCUGCUUGAAGAAAGGAAGUCUUUGUCUCCUGAUCAGAGUGGCAAACCUUCGAAAGACCUUAUUAAUCAGCAGCCAGAUCUAUGGAAAGCUGCUUAAAACAACAACCACAUCAGAUGGAGACACCAUCAUUUUGGACCAGGUGGACAUUGACUUUAUGGUCGAUUCUGGCAAGGACAACUUGUUUUUUGUUUGCCCUAUGACCCUUUACCACGUGAUCAACAGAUCAAGCCCAUUCUACGAGCUGUCGGCCGACUCUCUUCCCCACCAGGACUUUGAGUUGGUGGUCUUUUUAGACGGGACAGCCGAGUCCACCAGCUCCUCCUGUCACGUCCGAACCUCCUACAUCCCUCAGGAGAUCCAGUGGGGAUACAGUUUCCUGCCCAUCAUCUCCCGCACCACGACGGGAAAGUACUGCGUGGACUUCUCAAACUUUUCCAAAAGCGUCCGGGUCACCACGCCACACUGCGUCCAAUGCUUCGAGACAGACGCAGACCAUAAAAACCACAACCGAGAAAAUCACGACAACCAGCAGAAGUCGGGGAUCGACAACUUGGGGUAUCAAGUGAUCGACAUUCACGACUCUGUGUACAUCACCAAAAUGUGAGCGGUUCGGAGAGGAGUUUCAGGAUGUGGGUUGUAAAGUGUAAAAAGUCACUUCCUUUGACGCAAACUUUCACUUUAACUCAGACUUCCUUGACGAGGAGUAAACUGGUAAAGAAAUAUGUGCUUCCUCCAGUGAAGAGUUGAAUUAAUUGUCGAAUCUUUUUUGGCCUCUAGGCCAGGGCUGGACUGGCCAUCUGGCAUACCGGGCAUUUUCCCGGUGGGCCGACGGACUUUUGGGCCGAAUCGCCGAUUAGUCAGCUGCAAAUAUGGCUUGACCCCAAAAAAAUUCUAACAAAAGAUUUUUCAGUGGUUUACAGUAGUAUCAGAUGUACCUAAAAACAUACUAAAAGUUUACCAAAGUUUGACUUCAAGAAAGGCCCCAUUUUCAAAAAGGCGGCCGCGGGUCCUUAAAAAGACCAUUACUCCUUUGUAUUCCUACUACACCAUGAACACUGGUACCUUAUACAUGUUUUGGCCAUUUAAUAUUCUAAUUAGCAUAUUUGUAUGAUAAAUAAGCACUAUUUUUAAUAUAUAUAUAUAUAUAUAUAUAUAUAAAAUUGUAAUUAUAAAAUUUCCCUUAAGUAAUUGCAUAUUUCUCAUAUCAUUUUGCCUAGUGUUGGUGGUUUCUGCCCAUCAGCUCCCUUCUGAUGAACCUCUACCACAUCAGAGCCAUCUCUUAAGUUUUUACAGCAAAUGUGGCAAGUUUCUUGGUUUACAACAAUAUGACUCAUGUCCAAAGUUGGAGUGUACUUUUUCCUCAAGCUAAUCCAACAAUGUCAUCCUCUCUUAAUACACUCACAUUGUUGGCCUUUGUCAUGUGUUAGAAAUCUUUCUAAUGUUCUUUUGACACCCCCAUAAAAUGACACUGAGCAUGUGUCUGAGAAUAAGACAUUUGUGCUGUAAUAUACACUACCGGUCAAAGGUUUUAGAACACCCAAUCUUUUUAGUUUUUUUAUUGAAAUUUGAGCAGUUCAAGUCCAAUGAAUAGCUUGAAAUGGUCCAACGGUAAGUAGUUAACUGCUUGAGGUUAAAAAAAUAAGUAAGGUUACUCAAAACUGA